UUUUGAAGGAUUCUUAUUUAAAGAUUUUCAAAUAAUCCUGUCUUCAAGCCAAUGCUAAUAUCGGAAUUCUAUAUAACAGAAGAAUAAAUCUCGUCAGAAAAUUUCGAAAAGUAGCAAUUUAUAUUCACAUAUAUUUUGAUCAAAUUUGUUCAAGGAUUAUUGAUAAAAUCAAGCCAUCACUAUAUCAAAGCGUGCAGACCGUAUGCAUGUGUAAAAGGCAAGCUUCACCAACUGUAUGUGGAGGGGGCAGACGACGGGACGAGGCGGAUGAAUGAAUGAAUCUUAAGACAGUCGUGUAAGAGGGGCAUUCACGAAUCCACGUAUCUUUGACUCUGUCUAUUUUUCCAGAAACCUCGUAUCCAAUGUCCUAAGCUAUCUUAUAUCCUUCAACGUGCUAAUUUUAACAAUCUGGUGAUCAUUCAACAUAGGAUUAUAGUUCUAAAAGCCAAUGAUCUUGGUUUCUUGUCGAUUACCAGUCGAAUUCAUCGAUAGAUCGCGUCUUACCGCUUUCUUCGAGUUCUCCUCGCGGCAACCAGGACAUCAUGGAAGCUGCUUUCUUCGGUGAAAAGAAGAUUCUUCCGUGAAAAGGAUAUUUCACAUAUUUUCUUCUCUGAAGUUGAUUUUAUGAAAAAAAGAAAAAGUUCGAUAGAAAAAAGUGGAUUAAUCUGUGUAUUUUUAAUAAUUUAACGAGAACUAACCAAUGGCUCUGUAGUGUUCUCUUAUCCUUGAAAUUAUCUUUAUCAUUUUAUUAAGAAAUAAGAGAGAGAAAAAUCAUUGAUUUAUGAUUAUUCGUGGUGAUAUUAUAAGUUGAGUUCAUGACAUCUGAGGAUUUUAAGAAACAUGGAAAUUUCGUCGAGGAGAAGGUGCCUCUGGCAGCCGUGGCUUACUACAGAGAACUUUCAAACGAGAUAUAAAUCCAGAGAGGAGAGGCCAAAGACGACGAAUCUCCACCGGAAACCAAGUAGCGCGUGGCGCAAAGAGCGUAGGAGGGAUCCAAUUCAAAGUGAAGCCCUAGACAUGUCUGCGGCCCGAGUCCAUCAUCAUCACAGCAGGCCCAGCGUGAUUGUGCCUACCACACCGCAACCUGGAACAACCAUUGAAGACACGGCAGUGACGCCCACCCCAUCGUUGACGCCGUCGGCAGCAGCAGGAGGCCAAAGAACUGGGAUCAGAGUCGUAGGUGGUGUGAGUGAUCCUGCAAUAGACGAGCAUUUCAAACGAUCCUUAGGUCUGGAAGAGUACGCUGCAGUUUUCAACGCCACCUCUACGGAUAAAGAAGCUGGUCUCAGUGUGGAUGAUCAUUUUGCAAAAGCUCUUGGAGAAACUUGGACGAGGCUACAAGCCACUAGCAGAAACAAGGACUCGAUCUAACUGCUGGACAGUUAACCAAAAGUCCGUUUAUUAUUAUUGCGUCGUUGCCGUUUUUUUUCAUUGUGACAUCUAAUAUGAGAAAAUUUCAUCACUUGUUUAAUUAAACCCACAAAGCAAUAUGAAAUUGCUAUUAAUAUUUGUGGAAGACACAUAAGUGGGAGCAAGCAACGAACUCUUUAUUAUUAAUAUUAUUAUCAUUACUAUUAUUAUUUGGUUCGCAUGGGACGCAGACGCAGACCUAAGUGUCCUUCAACUAUCACAGAUACUCUUAGGUGUUAUCGACGAUAUAUCGUGACCUGUGCACGCGAUUUUUUUAACUCCUUGCGACAAUUGUAUUCGAAAUAUUGUAUAUAUAGACGCGUAUUCUUUUAAUCAUGCCAUCAUCGUGGCCCUAGAGGUCUCAAAUUAUUUAUUAUACGAUGUACCAUACUGCCUCGCUAAAUAGUAGAUCUGUUCAUUCUUUCUAUCUUCUUUUUUGCUGUGAUAUUAAAAAAAAAUUGAUAUAUUUAUAUAUCUGUACCAAUAUCCUAAUAUUUUGAGUUUUUUAUUUUAUUUUGAUAACGUAAUAAAAGAAAAAAAUUAAUUGUUCACUCUUUAAUGAAAAAUUUAUAUAUAUUGAUUAAAGUAACACAGGAAGAAUCGUGAACAGAAGCAUUUUAUUUUUUUUAACUUUCAGACUAGAAAUGGAAAAUAUUGGAAUAUCAAAUUUAAUCUAUAAUUUAAUUAUAGAUCAAUAUAGAAUUCAAAUUACCGCAGCUAUUGGAAGAAAGAUUAUGAUGAACGGAGCGACUUGUUUGUAAUUAAUUAUUAUAAUUCGUUUAAACGUAUUACAUAUAUGUAUAUAUGUAUUACGUAUAUAAAUAUAUAUAUUGUAUAUAUUAUAUAUUGUAUAUUACAAUACAUAUAUAUAGUUAAUACGUAAUUAUAGAAAACCGAGAAUCUUUAUAAAGAAUGUAAAGGAUAUAUAAUAAGCGCGAAACCGUAUGAACUGAUCGUUGCACAAACUUGUAACACGUGUUCACUUCGUGUGUAUCUAUAUAUAUAUAAUAUUAUAAUGAUAUAUAUAUAUAACAAUAUUAUAGUAUAUAUAUAUUUAUACACGUCAUAUUAAAGAGAAGAGAAGAAAAGAAUGAAAGAGGAUACAUAACAAGAUUAUUGAUAAUAUUUUUAAUACCAAUUUCGCCGUUGAAGAUCCGUAUCCUUCCUUCCUCAGUAGAUUCCCAAUGGUUGAUGAUGAAGAUUGCUAAGAAGAGUAGUACUGAUUUCAAAUGGUGCUAGGAGAUUUAGCACAAACCCCAGCACGCAUAGAAGUCAGUACCUCUAUCUUCUUAUUGUCUUUAAAUACUCUUCACUUCUUUUUAUCUUCAAAUCCUUGACUUUCAAUAUUUUCUAAGAUUAAACGUUGUCAUUCACAAUUCUUAAUUAAUGUAAAAUUGAGAUAAAUGAUUACACUUCAAGUAGAAGAUCAA